AUGGCUGUUCAAACCGCAGGAUCAGACGUUUCACAGAGCAAUGCUUCUGUCAGCACUGUCCCUACUAGCCAUGACUCGUUCAUUCCUAAAUAUACCAAAAAGCCUUUGUCACAUCUAGACAUUGACGGAUCAGAUCAACCUUUCGAUCGAGUGCAGUUAACAAAGUUGUUGAUUGAUGCUUUAAAACAAAUCGGAUAUGAAGAAACUGCAAUUACCUUACAAAAGGAGAGCGGUGGGAUAUUGGUCGAAUCAACUCAUGUGAAGUCAUUGUUUUCUGCUAUAAAAGAGGGUAGGUUUUACCACUGUACGUUGGAUCUAUUGCUUCAGCUACCCAUAUUUCUCGAGUCCCUUGAACUAUCAGGUGACUUAUCACAUGUCGAAUUACCCCAAACAAAACGCAACAUUUCAACCACAAUAAUUGACCACUUUCUCGCUGAAUAUGAGAAACUAGGUUUCGUGAUGAAACGUCUGUCCGAAUUCAAGGACGUUGAUAUAGUUAAGUUAACUAUAUGCGUGGAAAUGCUAGUUGCAAUUCAAACUUUGGCUUUCUCUGAGAUUUUGAUGUCAGAUAGACGAAUGGCCUUGGAAUUAUUAAGGCUUGUCAUUAGACCUACGAUCUCGAUUUGGGAUACGUUGCUAACACUGCAAACAAUGAAAUAUGACUCAGAAAUACAGUGGCAAACAGGAAAUGAUGUCAUGUAUUCCAACUCUUUUUCCUCUUUCCAACCUGAACACUUAUUAUCGCAGCUUUCUACCUUGAUUGUAUGUGGUCAAAACUCCAAUGCUGCACCUUUCGUUACCAGAGAGGCCACAUUUGAACACAUCGCUCACUUUAUUAAUCCUAAUGAUUUAGUUCCUCGUGGUAGAUUAAUGCAACUAUUGAAACAAGCAAUUCAAUACCAACGUUCAAGAGAUUUGUUAAGCUUUCAUAUUGAGGAUUCAUCAACUGGUACUAAAAGAAGUGCUUCAAGUACCUAUAAUUUGUUACAGGAUAAUGUUACAAAAUCAACUCAGUUUCAAUUUGAUAACAUCAAAACAUUGAAUCGCAACAAUGACGAAAUCUGGUUCUUACAAUUCUCGUCAGAUGGGAGAUUUUUGGCCAGUGCAAGCCCCUCAAAGAAAUUCGAAAGGAAAAUCAUCAUCUAUGAUGUAAAAAAUAACUUCGAAAUAUAUGCUAUAUGUUGUGAAACUCGUCAGUCUGUUUUAUAUCUUAAAUUUUCCCCUGACAACACGAAAUUGAUCGCAUGUUCAAUCAACUCCGCUGCAAAAAUAUAUGACCUAAACCAGCUAUCCCCCCCUACAUAUGAUGGCUAUUUAUGCGAAUAUGAUCAGCUUAAACCUGUAGCAUCCGUAUUUGUUACAUUCCCCACGACUUCAGAUUCAUCUGCCAUUUCAUCUAAUAAUACACCAGCAUCAGCUGAAACUAUGAGGUUAUGGUGUGGAGAUUGGUUCCAUGAUCCCGAAUUGAAAGACUUCAUCGUAUUAGGUUCUCCGGAUUCUGAUGUAAUAAUUUAUGACAUGAAAACGGCUACCAUUUUCGCUAGAAUUUCGAUGACUAUGGGAGAAGAUUUAAAGUCGUCCUUCCCUCAUGUUCAUGAUAUCAAGAUUUCAUCUGAUGAUAAUGACUUGAUUGUGAUGAAUAAUGAGAAGUACAUUGAUGUGUUUGACAUAUCAACGUUGAAAUACUGCAUUAAAGAGAAUGCAACGUUCGUUUCUCCCAGAAAGAGACGAUUAUUGAUCGGUAAAAGAAUGACUGGAAUGCAGUUCCCAGACACUUCUCAAUGUUCUCCAGAUCCAUCACUAUCAUCAUUAUUACUAGUCUCGAUUCAAAACCAAGAGCUACAACUUUGGGACUAUCAAAGAGAUAUUUUAAUACAAAGGUACAUCGGUCAAAUCCAAUCAAAUUUCAUAAUACGUUCAUGUUUCGGUUAUUAUUCAAAUUUUAUUGCAAGUGGUUCCGAGGAUGGAAAGAUUUAUUUGUGGGAUAGGUUCUAUGGUAAUAUCAUUGGUGUAAUACCUGCCCAUUCGGAAAAUUCGACAAGUUCACAAUCAAAGAUAUGUAACAUUGUUGCAUGGAAUCCUCAAGAUCAAACAAUGUUUGCAUCCGGCGGUGAUGAUGGUCUAGUUAAAGUAUGGAGGGUAUCUGCUACAUAG